AUGUCCCGCCGGUACGACAGCCGAACGACGAUCUUCUCCCCAGAAGGCCGCCUCUACCAGGUGGAGUACGCUAUGGAGGCCAUCGGCAACGCCGGCUCUGCCAUCGGAGUCCUAGCCAGAGACGGGGUCGUCUUGGUCGGGGAGAAGAAGGUCACUUCGAAGCUUCUCCAGACCUCCCGAUCUACCGAGAAGAUGUACAAGAUCGACGACCACGUCGCCUGCGCCGUUGCCGGUAUCAUGUCUGACGCGAAUAUCCUCAUCAACACUGCCCGAGUCCAGGCACAGCGCUACGCCCUCGCUUACCAGGAGCCCAUGCCCGUCGAGCAGCUUGUCCAGUCCCUCUGCGAUACCAAGCAGGGUUACACCCAGUUUGGUGGUCUCCGUCCCUUCGGCGUGUCCUUUCUCUUUGCCGGUUGGGACCGCAACUUCGGUUUCCAGCUCUACAUGAGCGAUCCCAGCGGUAACUACGGCGGCUGGAAGGCGGCUGCCAUCGGGGCUAACAACGCCGCGGCCCAGUCGAUGCUGAAGCAAGACUACAAGGAGGAGCUCACCCGGGAGGAGGCGGUACAGUUGGCACUCAAGGUGCUCAGCAAGACCAUGGACAGCACCAGCCUCACCUCCGAGAAGCUUGAGCUUGCUGAAAUCUUCCUGUCGCCGUCGGGUGUCGUCGAGUACCAUGUCUUCUCCUCUGAGGCGCUCGGGAAAUUGCUCACCAAGUUUGGGGUAAAUCAGGCUGCCUCCUCUGCAGAGUGA